AUGAAAUUAGUGGAUGGAUUGAUUUGGGAGUUCAAGGGACGACAAGUAGUGAGAAAGGAAGGAGAAAUUGUGCUCGCGGGUGCAAAUCCUUCAGCAGAAGGCGAAGACGGCGAUGAGGGUAGCGAAGAGUGCGUUGAACGAGGCAUCGAUUUUGUACUCAACCAUCGGCUGCAAGAAAUGAGCUGUUACGAAGAUAUGCCUACUUUUAAAGCAUACUGCAAAUCAUUCAUGAAGAAAGUAGUUGAACUGAUGCAAAAAAACGGCAAAUCGGAAGAAGAAAUUAAUGAAUUCAAGCGAAAGAUCCAAGCUUGGGUUGUAUCACUUCUGAAUAAGGACCGAUUUAGACAGUUGCAAUUCUUCAUCGGCGAGCGUAUGGCCGAAGGUCAAGGAGAGGGACAAGUAGCUGUAGUAGAAUAUCGAGAGGAGGAGGAUGGUGAGGUACCCUAUUUAAUGCUUGUGAGAGAGGCACUUGUUGAAGAAAAACAAUGA